CUCGAGUGAUGUGCUUCAAGUGCGGACCCGAAGCAACCUGAUCACCGACCGACCGACCGACCGAGAGAGAGAGAGAGCGUGCGCAAAUGUUUUGCCCGAGCAACGAAACGCUCCAGAAUCUGACGGAAAAGACGAAGCUAUUGGCCCACAAAUGCACCCAACAGAUCCGGGCGGCCGGUGCCGGUGGUGGUCCUACUACCGCGGUGCCAUCAAGCAGCGAUCAGGAAGCGGCUCAUAGUACUACUACUACCCAGAGUACUAGUGUCGAUCAGCAGCAACAGCGAUCUUCGAACGAUGCGAAACCUGCCGGAGCGGUUAGUUCUCCGCCAGAUGGCGCUGGCGGUGGAAAGGGUUCGCUGAGGUGCUUCUGCUCGUGCAAGGGAACGUUCAGCAAGAUCAUGGGCAAAAAGUAUGCGGCCGGUAAACCGACGCCCGACGGACACAGCCAGCGCACCACCAGGUGGUAUGUGAAGCAGCCCACCUGGCGGUUGUGGGGCGAAGAGCGCGAAGAGAACGCCAUCUACACGGUCUACCUGAAGAAGGUGCGCUACCACCGGCCAACACCCAGUGCCAGCAGUCAAGACUCCGAUGACGAAAUCUCGCACCUGGAGUGGGAAACGGUCCGCGUGAGGUUCGUGAAGGCGGCGACCCUCGCCCGCCUGGUCGACGCACUCGCCACCGACGACGGUGAGCUCGAGAGCACGUUCGUGAACGUUUUCCUCAACACCUACCGCACGUUCGCGCAGCCCGAGAAGGUGCUGGAUCUGUUGCUCGAGCGAUACGAGAAGCUGCACAGCGAACCGGGCCUGUUGCAGCCGGAGUCACUGUCCGAUCAGCACAAGAAAACUCUAGUCUCCGUUCUCCACGUGUGGCUCGAUGGGUUCCCCGAGGAUUGGGAGACGGACAAUCUGCAACGGCUGCUAGCAUUCACCUCAAAGCGUUUGCCAAAAUCGGAAAUUCACGUUAAAGCUUUAAAUAGGUUUACGCAUAGGUUAGACAAGUACAGUAGAAUACCACCGCCGUUGCCAUGGUCCAACGAUUAUCACGAUUUCACCGACCAGUUCGGUGGCCUGUGCCUGACGCCGGCCUUCCGCGGCCCCCCGUCGCACCUGCUGCACUCGUACCGCUUUCCCAACAUUCCGGUCAAGCACUUCGCCGAGCAGCUGACCCGCAUGGACAUGGAGCUGUUCAAGCGGCUCAUCCCGCACCAGUGUCUCGGGGCGAUCUGGUCGAACCGGGACAAGCACGAGUGUGGCUCGGUGCUGGCCACCGUCACGCAGUUCAACGCCGUCUCGUUUCGCGUCAUCUCCAGCAUACUGAUCGAGCCACGGCUGAAGCCCCAGGAGCGGGCGCUGCUCAUCUCGACCUGGAUCGACAUCGCGCAGGAGCUGCGGCUGCUGAAGAAUUUCUCCUCACUGAAGGCGAUCAUUUCGGGCCUGCAGUCGAACGCCGUCUAUCGCCUAUCGAAGACGUGGGCCGUACUGCCGAGGGAUAAGCUGGAGCUGUACAACGAGCUGGCAAGGAUAUUCUCGGAGGACAACAACGCUUGGGCGCAGCGAGAGGUGCUGAUGCGCGAGGGAACGGCCAAGUUUGCCGACACCGUCGGUGAGAACGAUCGGCACCUGCAGAAGGUUUUCCAGAAGCAGAACACCCUGAUCAGCCACGGGACGAUCCCGUACCUGGGCACCUUUCUGACCGAUCUGACGAUGAUCCACGCGGCGAUACCGGACACCCUGCAGGACGCGCUGAUCAACUUCGACAAGCGGCGCAAGGAGUUCGAAGUGUUGGCGCAGAUCAAGCUGCUGCAGGGUGCCGCCAACACGUACCACCUGCCGGACGAUCCGCUAUUCGAUCGGUGGUUCGCCUCGUUGCUGGUGCUGGACGAGCGGGAGGCUCACACGCUCAGCUGCUCACUCGAACCGGCCCCGGAGAUGGUGGCCAAACGUCCACCACCGGCCCACCACGGCUCGGGAGCGGCUUCGGGAGCGAGCAGUAACGGUGCGGCCGGGGGCACUCCGGGACACAAGAAGAGUGACUCCAUUGCGUCGAACUCGAGCAGUGGGGCAGGGUCUCAGUUCUACUGUGAUAUUAACAGCACGUCCAACGCGAGCUACAGCUCACGGAACAAUUCGCUCGAUCGUGACGCCACACCACCGAACGCGUCGAUCCUGUCGGCCGCCAGCAGUGUGUCGUCGCUGUCGAUGGACUCCACCACGUCCAGCAGCCAGCGGUCGACCCAUCCGAGCCAGAACGGGGGCAUCGGCGGCAUCCGCACGCCUCAGUCGGCCCGGCACAACAACAGUACGGCCUCGGGCAAGAGUGCCAACGGCGGCCAUCACGAGACGCCGAUCAUUAACGGGCAGCUGGUGCAGAGCUCGCCGCUCAAGUCGGGCAGCUCGCCCGACUUCUACAUCAUCAAGGUGACGUACGAGACGGACCAGGUCGAGCUGGACGGGAUCGUGCUGUACAAGAGCAUCAUGCUGGCGAACAACGAGCGCACGCCGCAAGUCAUACGCAACGCCAUGCUGAAGCUGGGGCUCGAGGGCGACCCGGACCGCUACACGCUUGCGCAGGUACUCCCGGACAAGGAGUUGCUGCUGCCGAACAACGCCAACGUGUACUACGCCGUCAACACGGCGUACAAUUUGAAUUUUAUUCUCCGACCGAAAAAGGAUGCCACCGCCAAUCCUGCUCCCGGGCUCGGUGCUACUGCUGCUGCUGCUACUGCGGCCAGCGUUCGUCCUUAAGGAACCGACGGCGACGGCGAGGCGACAUUUUGUACAUUUCUUUUAACGCCUAACGAGAGACACCGACGUUGUUGCUUGUUUUUAACCUCCAACCAACCUAACCGGACGGCACCAAUAUUAUGUCGAAUAUGUUUUCUGCUUCGAAACCACCGCGUCGAACCCCGUUUUUAUUUAAUUUUCUGUUGCUUCAUAGUUCGCCGCGAAUCGUUGUUGUAAAUUGUGACACUGGUCGGGAACUGGGGUAGACAAACGUAAUACAUUCUAACGGACGCCCGCUGGUGUUAGAGCGAGCGAAAUACUUACAAAUUUACCACAACACAACAACCUAGGACUAACUCGGAAGAGUAUUUGAUACUAGCGAGCCUGCAGGCCCCCGGGUGCCCUUUUACGCGAAUGGCCGAGUGUUGUCGACGAUUGUGAAAACUUUACACCUGGGGGGGGGAGGUAGCUUCCUGGGCAGGGUACUAAAUGUUUCUGACUCUAUACAACAGAAAAACAAAACCAA